UCCUCCGGUCGACUCGGGCCGCGGAGCGCCUUGCCCUGUCCAGUCGGCCUCCAGCUUCCAUCACGUCAACCGGAUUCAUCCUAUCCAGCGGAUUGGAAGAGUUCCAUCUUUAUAAAAACAACUGACUUGUGUGCGGGUGUUAUCUGUUGUGUGUACGGAAGUAUAAAAGAAAAAAGUCAAGUGGCAGUUGUGACCCCACUCAUCCACUUUAGCCGCACGCUGGAUGGAUUUCUCUUCCGCAUACUCGGACCAACGGUUAUUAGUAGUAAUAGCAGGAGGAGGAGGAGGAGGAGGUAAAGAAGGAAACGUUCGUUUGUUCUACUCGCAGCCCAACGUCAAAUCGAUCGACUCUUUCCGUCCCAUGAAGUCGUCGUGGAUCAACGAAUCGCUGCUUCUUCUUCCAGCAGGUAGUCACGGCGGAAGCGGCGAAGAUGCUGGCAAAAAUCUCAGCGGCGUCGGCGACGUCGGAGAUUUGAAUAAUGUUACCGACGGCAUUAGCGACGGCGGAGACAUUCAGCUGGCGGCGCGUGUGGCUAUGGGCAUCGGCCUCUACAUGUUGGCCAUGGUGACAUGCGUCGGAAAUGGAAUGGUUAUCCACGCCAUCCGCACAGAGAAGCGGCUCCGAAAAGUUUCCAAUUUAUUCAUCAUGAGCCUGGCCGUCGCCGAUCUAGUCGUCGGGGUUUUCGUCAUGCCCAUCAGUGCCAUCUACGUCUUAACAGAUCGGUGGUACUUUGGCGUUUGGAUGUGCGACGCCUGGCUGUCAAUCGACUAUUGCGCCAGCACGGCGUCCAUCUUUAACCUGUUCGUGCUCAGUCUGGAUCGUUACUGGUCAAUUACGUCGCCGCUCAAAUACCUCAGGAGGCGAACAAAGAAAAGGGCCUUCCUCAUGAUAGCAGCCGCUUGGACCCUCAGCCUCCUAUGGAUCCUGCCCGUCACAGGAUGGUCCAGCAUGACGGACGGCAUCAAGCUCAAUUCGUCGCCAGACUCUUGCGACACGGAAUUCGCCGAUAACAUCACCUUCAAAGUCACUGCUGCGGUGGCUAAUUUUUACGUGCCGACGCUAUCGAUGCUCUACAUUUACGGGCGAAUUUUCCGGACGAUCCGCCAGAGAAGCCGCAACGAUUUGGGCGAAGUGAUGGUUUCGACAGCCAGAAGACGACAGAGUCACAAUCAAGCGCCGGCCAUCGUCUCGGACCACGGUGAUUCAACUAGCCUCCAGGCCAUGGAAACAGACGACGAAGGACUGGAGGAUCAACCCAAUAUGAAGCGGCUGGAGCGUGGAAUAUCUACCAUAGCCCGGAGCUGGAAUCACUUAAGCGGCAAGUUCAAUUGGUACAGCAGCAGCAGUCAGAAAAGUGGGCCGGGAGCGUUGCAACCAGCUGGGUCGACUAACUCGAGAAGAAUCCGGGCAGAUCGUUCGAUAUUGGAUUUUUACGAGAGUUUAACGCUGAUGGAACUGCACGGAAGUGACGGCGGAGUGGACGGAGCCCGGCAAAGCACAACUCAUUACAUCAAUGUCCAAGUCAAAGUUGAAUACGUCGACGACGUCGUCGAUAGUCAAUCAAACAACCAUCGAUUGGUGAGCGAAAAAGUUAGCCUCUGCAGACAACAGCAGCAGCAAGUACGCCGGCCAUCGACAAAGUUGUUCGCCAAUAAUCCGGCAGCAGCUGCUGGAUCAACGACUGCCGCCGCCGCUCCAUCGGUGCUGAUUUCGCAGAAAGAAAGAAAAGCUGCUAGGCAACUGGGCGUCAUUGUCUGCGCCUUCAUGGUCUGCUGGCUGCCUUACUUCAUAGUGUUCCUGGUCGUGGCCGUCUGCCCGGACUGCAUCGGCGACACGCUCUUCAAAAUCACUCUGUGGCUGGGCUACAUCAAUUCCACUCUCAACCCGGUCCUCUAUCCGCUUUGCAACGCCAAUUUCCGCCGGGCUUUCGCUAAAAUGUUGAACAAAACCUGCACAUGCUGCCGCAAUCCUUCCUUCCAGCGAACCAGUCAAACCUAUCCGUUGUCCGGCCCGGCUAUUCCGCUGAAUCAGCAAUCGCGUUUCUGAAGCUUCACCGAUUUUGUCGAUGUUAAAAAAAGAUGUUUAUUUCCACUCUGUAAAAAAACAAGGAAUAAGGAUUUAAGAAAUAUGC